AUGGCCGGCAGCAGCUCUGUGGUUUGUGGAGAGGCUCUGACGUUCAGGCCCGGCUCGGCUCUUCCUCCCCUGGAGUCUGCUGGACGUCCAGAGGACAGCGUGGAAACCUUCAUCGCUCACGUCUCCACACCCCGUCUUCCUCCCUCAAACGUUCCUGAAGGCAUCACGAUGCUCGCUCGCCCGUUGCUGCUCUCUCUGCAGUCCAGGUUCCUGAGCUCCCAGCCUCGCCUCGGUAAAGAUGUGCUCGACUGCUCUCUGCCUCAGUAUAACUGCCGGCUGGACACGCCCCUCCCUGACGUGCCCUUCGUCAGGGAGCUGACCAACCAGCAGAGGGCGCUGAAGGAGAAGGAGAAAGGCGACUGGAGGAGUCUGACCAAGGAGGAGAAGCUGGCCUUGUACCGGCUGACUCAUCAGUUCUCCUACGCUGAGAUGCGUCAGGGUUCGUCCGAGUGGAAAACCGUCCUGGGGGGCGUCUUCAUCAUGCUGGGCUUCAGCGGGCUGCUGCUGUGGUGGCAGAGAGUCUACGUCUACGGACCGGUGCCUCGCACGCUGACUCCUGAUUGGACGGAGAAGCAGACCCAGAGGAUGAUUGACAUGCGGGUCAACCCGGUGCACGGCUUCUCCGCCCACUGGGACUACGACAGGAAGCAGUGGAAAUGAGACGC